AUGUCUCGAGAUGUUUCUCUUCAUUGGUUAGAUUAUGCAAUUUUCGGUUUAAGUAUUGGAUUAUCAUUGAGUACGGGUGUCUAUCAUGCAAUUAAUAGCCGUAUAAUUCUCCGAAGAGGAGAUAGAACAGCAAAAGAAGAAUAUCUAAUGGGCGGCCGUCAACUUCCCCCACUUCCUGUUGCUCUUUCUCUCUUGACCACAUUCCUCUCUGGAAUUUUGAUGCUUGGAGUUCCGGCUGAAAUGUUCCAAAGAGGUGCUCAAAUCUGGCUCAACUUCGUCAUUGGAGUGGCCUCAUCAAUCGUCACGUGCUUCGUUUUUCUCCCAGUUUUCCACAAAAUGAAGAGCACAUGUCUUCAUGAGUACUUCAUCCAUCGAUACAACUCAAUCCUUAUUCGUCGUCUGUUUUCUCUUUUGUUCCUUUUAUUCACGAUAGUCUACAUGUCAGUUGUUCUUUAUGCUCCAUCAGUUGCACUUUCUCCAGUUCUUCAAAUUAACAAAUGGUAUCUUGUUUUGAUAUUCGGAUGUACAACCACAUUGUACACAUGUCUGGGUGGACUGAAAGCUGUUGUGUGGACCGACUCUUUGCAAGCUGUUAUUAUGUAUUCAGGAGUGUUCACUCUCAUUUACAAAGGAUUGUCUCAUCCACGAGUUGGAGGACUAGAACGGGUUACGAGUAUUGCAUUUGACAGUGGAAGAAUAGAGGAAUUAGCAAGAAUGGAUUGGAGAAUCGAUCAGUACAAUAGUCUCUGGAUCAAUCUUUUUUCUGGGACUAUUGUCUGGUUAGCAUCAUUUGGGGUCAAUCAAUUGGCAAUUCAAAGAUAUGCUAGUCUUCCGAAUCUGAAAGUAGCACAAAGCAUCAUCCUGUACACUCUUGCUCCGUUCACAGUUCUUUGCUCAAUCGUUGCUUUCGUUGGAUUCAUCGCCCUUGCCUAUUUCUACAAUUGCAACCCUCUGGAAACUGGUGAAAUUAAAGAAAGCGACCACAUUACGAUCAUCUUUGCCCGAGAUAUUCUUCAACCAACACCUGGUCUCUUUGGUUUGUAUGUUUCUUGUAUCAUGUCAGCUACACUUUCUACACUUUCAAGUGGAAUGAACAGUAUGGCUGCAGCUAUUUAUGAAGACUUUCUGAAGAACAACCUGGAUGGAAAAAUUACGGAUACAGGAGCAACUCGGCUAAACAAGCUCAUUGUGCUCAUUUGUGGAUUAACAUCAACAGGUCUUGCAUUCCUUGCCGAAGUUCUUGGAGGAAGUCUUCGUAUUUGUAUUUCUGUAAUGGGAGCGAUGUCUGGGCCAAUGGUGGCCAUUUUCGUUCUGGCCCUAUUUUUCCCAAAGAGUGGAUCAAAGUCUUGCCUGAUUUCAUUCUUCCUUUCUAAUCUUUUCUGUCUUAUCAUCUGCAUUGCCAAUUACAUUCAAGACCCGUAUCACGAACUUUUCUUACCAACGAAUACUACUAUGGAAGGCUGUAAUGGGAACUCGAACUUUACGAUCCGAAUGAUGCCCACAUAUGAUGCUCAUUAUGGAAACCCGGAUACUCUGUAUAUCUCCAGAAUAUCCACGUAUUCAUAUGCGGGAGUUGGCUUCGUACUUAUGUUGGUCAUCGGAUGGAUCACUUCUCUUUUUGAAGAAUCUGAUCACAAAGAAGAAAAAAUCAGCCAUUUGACAUUUGCAGGAAGAAAUGAGCCAUGGCCUGAUACCCAUCAUGAGUUCGACCAUUUCUUGAAAGAGAUCUAA